GGUCAGCGCUGGCUCCGCCCCCUGACAGGGCCGGGCGUUGAAGACGCUGACGACGGCGGCGGCGGCGGUGCCUCCUCCUCUUCGCUCUGGCGGCGACACGUGCGCGGCGGCGGGAGGGACCCGGAUGCCGGGGCCUCCGGGCCCCGCUAUGCCGAUCGUAGAGAAGCUGAAAGAGGCCCUAAAGCCGGGCCGGAGAGAAGCGGGUGAGGACGGGGGGGAGCUGGGCCGGCUUCUGGCCGCUUCGGCCAAGAAGGUGCUGUUGCAGAAGAUCGAGUUCGAGCCCGCCAGCCGCGGGGUCUCCGGGCACUUGGAGCUCCUGCGGGGCAAGUAUGUGCUGCUCAACCCCCGCUCCGAGGCCACCGGUCGCCACCGCGGCCCCGAGGAAGGGCUGCCUGGCAAGCAGGGCAGCAGCCAUGCUCCGGGAGGUCAGGGGGAUGGGGUCCCUGCGCCCCAGAAGGUGCUUUUCCCUGUGGAGCGGCUCUCCAUGAAGUGGGAGCGGAUCUACCGGAUCGGUGCCGGGCUGCAGAACCUGGGGAACACCUGCUUCCUCAACUCCACGGUGCAGUGCCUGACCUACACCCCGCCGCUCGCCAACUACCUGCUCUCCAAGGAGCACAGCCGCAACUGUCACCAUGGAGGAUUUUGCAUGAUGUGCGUUAUGCAGAACCACAUGAUCCAGGUUUUUGCCAACAGCGGCAACGCAAUAAAGCCAGUGUCCUUCAUCCGAGACCUCAAGAAGAUUGCCCAGCACAUCCGCUUCGGCAACCAGGAGGAUGCGCACGAGUUCCUGCGUUACACCAUUGAUGCCAUGCAGAAGGCCUGCCUGAAUGGCUGUACCAAGUUGGAUCGCCAGACCCAGGCCACGACGCUGAUUCACCAGAUCUUUGGCGGUUACCUGCGCUCCCGUGUGAAGUGCUCGGUGUGCAAGACUGUCUCGGACACCUACGACCCUUACCUGGACCUGGCGCUGGAGAUCAGGGAAGCGGCGAACAUAGUGCGGGCGCUGGAGCUGUUUGUGAAGCCGGACGUGCUGGGCGGGGAGAACGCCUACAUGUGUGCCAAGUGCAAGAAGAAAGUGUCAGCCACCAAACGCUUUAGCAUCCACCGAGCUUCCAACGUUCUCACGCUCUCGCUGAAGCGCUUCGCCAACUUCGGUGGAGGCAAAAUCACAAAGGACGUGGGGUACCCUGAGUUCUUGAAUAUCCGCCCUUACAUGUCUCAGAACAAAGGGGAUCCCGUCAUGUACAGCCUCUAUGCGGUGCUGGUGCACUCGGGGUACAGCUGCCACGCUGGGCACUACUACUGCUACGUGAAGGCCAGCAAUGGGCAGUGGUAUCAGAUGAACGAUGACCUGGUCCGCUGCAGCAACAUCAAAGUGGUCCUCAACCAGCAGGCCUACGUGCUCUUCUACCUGAGAAUCCCCAGCCCCAGGAAGAGCUCGGAGGGGUCCAUCACCAAAGCAGCCCCCAGCCUGUCUGGCCGCACUGGCAACAUUUCUGAUCAGGUCAAGAAAACUGUGACCAACAGGCCCCUGUCUUCACCGCUGAUGGGCCGGAGAGCAGACACGCUGCCAGGGAAGAAGCUGUCGGGGCCGGAGGAGGUGGGAGUCCCGGUGGCCCGCAGCUCGUUUGGCACGGGGCCGAAGCUGCAGAAUGGAACCGCUCCGCCAAAGGGGCCCGCUGGGUCCCCGUCACCCAAACUGGCCCUCAAAGCCACCCACUCGGCCACAGCGCUGCCCGAUGACACGGCCCGGAAGCUCAAGAAGCCCUUCUCCUUCCCGCAGCUGCCCUCCACGCCCAGAGCAGUUCAGGGUUUCUGUGACACCAGCAACGCAAGCGUGGCCAAAGCAGAGCUGCCCCGCCAGAGCUCCUGGGAGAGCAAGCACCCACCUACCUCACCCAAGCUGCUGCUGGAGCCCAGCCCCGGCCAGGAGCCUGGUGGUGGUGGGGAGAACACCGGGAACCUGGAGAAGGACUCGUGUGGCAGUGGCACUGCCAGCCCGGCGCACGGCGUGGCAGAGAAGCUGCCCAAAGCAUCCCAGAAGGCUAAGAGUGAAACCGGCAGCUUCUGCACCUCUCAGGAAACGGACUGUGGCACGGACCUCCCUGCGAGCCCCGGCGCUGAGCCGGCUGCCCCCGAAGACUCCAAGCUGUCAAAAUUGAAAUCCUCCCUGUUGGCCGGCGCUGGCCUGGAGCUGAGCAGCACCAUGUCACCCCCACCUGCCAAGAAGCUGGCGCUCUCUGCCAAAAAGGGCAGCACCCCGCGGAAGGCGAGCGGAAGUGACCGCCACCCAACACCUCAUCCAAAAUUUGCUGACACCUACUUUACGAACACCACCCACCCCGACUCCUCUCCCUGGCCUUUCAGCAAGUUGAGGCUGUCCUCAUCUGCUCCCAAACUGACAAAUCCUGAAAAGCCUGCCUUCAGCUUCAUCCUCAACUCAGCCUCUCCCCUGACCAACGGUUCCACUGCCCACCCUUCGCACCACCUUCCUCCCUGCAGUGGGGAGAGGGGGCUCAGCCAGGCCACCCCCGGCUCCUCCAAAAAGAAGCGGCGAAAACAUCAUCACGGAGCAGAUGGCAGCCCUCAUGUUCCAGCUAUGAAGGUCAAGGAUGAGGUCUCCAGCCCCCCCAGGAAGAGGAAGAAUCUUGCUGAGGAGGGCUGGGUGUCCCUCACGGGGAAGAAGGCGGCAGGCAAUGGUCCCAGCGAUGGCAAGGACAUGGAGAGCUGUCAGGACAUGGAGAGCAGGCCCAAGCAGCAAGUGUCAGACCCCAGUAGUUCCCUGGACAUGGAGCCCAUCUCCUCCCUCAAGAAGAAGAAGAAGAAGAAAAAGAAGAGGAGAAUGGAGGAGGUGGAAGAGCGCUGCUCUGGGACAUUGUCCUCGAGCAGCUCUAGGAGGGAUGAGAUGGAGCCCGGGAGGAAGAAGCAGCGGCGGAGCGUGGAGACUGGGCCUGGAGAGAGCGAGCUCCGCAAGUGCAAACAGAGGGAAAGCCUCAGCAGCCCAGCCUUGGAGCAGCCGGCGGCCAACGGCCUCCAUGCUGCAGGCAGCACCCCAGGGGUAGUGUGUGCUGGGGACAGCCAGGCUGGAGAUGGGCACAGGCGCUCCCCAAGCCCUGAGCCCGGCCGUGGGGCUGGCAUAGCACCCCAGAGCCAAGAAGAGCCCAGCGUGGUGGAGGAGCUGCUCAGGAACUCCUUGGACAAGGCUUAUGGCAAAGAAGUCCUCACCUGGGAGGGGGAGAUCUCUGCUGUCAGCCAGGACGCCAUUCGGGACGCAGCCUGGGCCCGCAGCGAGACCGUCAUCGAUGAGUGGGACGAGGAGUUUGACAGAGGGAAGGUAAAGAAGAUUAAAAAACUGAAGCGGGAGCGGAGGAGACACUGCAAUCGCUUCCAACAGCUGCAGAACAGGCGCAACUUCUGGUCGGUGACACAUCCUGCCAAGGUGACCAGCCUGAGCCAUCGGCUCUGAGGUUGAGAUCUGCAUCCGACCUGCUCGCUCUGCCUUGUCCCCAAGGCUCUUCUGCCAGCUCCUCGGUGCCUCUGCCCCUGGGGGCUGGAGAAGCCCCUUCUCCCCCCCCUCCCCGCCCCCAGCCUGGGAUUCAAGGCUGGGGUGGGGGACGGGGGGGGGACGCAUUCCUGGAAAGUGCCUGCAGCUCCUCCCUGUGCCACCCCUGGGGAGGGGGACUCCGGCCCCCACCGGGACCACCGGGACCGGUGUUCCUCUCCUUGGGGAUGUUCCCACCCCUCCCGGCGCUGCCUCCCCCUGCCCGCUCAGGGCUGAACCCCCCAUUCUCCGUCCCCCUGUGCGAGUCGCAG